CCUCAGUUCCAGAGUUCCCUCCCGUGAUUCUCUGGCGGUCAAAGGUCUCAGGCUUCCAGAAAUAGCUCCUCCCCGGAGAAGCCGCACCUUCCUGGCUACCGCCUUAAACUCAGCUCUCCGCUGCGCCUUCUCUUCCCCAGCAAGUGGAGUCUGCGAGAUCUUGAGCUUCAGGAUGGUUCUUGCUAAGAGGUGGACCCUGAAGAAGCACUUCAGUGGCAGCCCUACUAAUAGUGACUUUGAGUUGAAGACUGCUGAACUCCCACCCUUAAAAAAUGGAGAGGUCCUGCUUGAAGCCUUGUUCCUCUCCGUGGAUCCUUACAUGAGAAUAGCAUCCAGAAAAUUGAAGGAAGGUGAUUUAAUGAUGGGGGAGCAAGUGGCCAGAGUUGUGGAAAGUAAAAACUCAGCAUUCCCCAAAGGAACUCUUGUACAGGCUUAUUUGGGCUGGACAACGCACUCCAUUUCUGAUGGGAAAGGACUGGAAAAGCUGCCUACAGACUGGCCAGAUUCACUUCCACUGUCUUUGGCUCUGGGGACAGUAGGUAUGCCAGGCCUAACUGCCUACUUUGGCCUGCUUGACAUCUGUGGUGUGAAAGGUGGAGAAACAGUGUUGGUUAAUGCAGCGGCAGGAGCAGUGGGCUCUGUUGUGGGGCAGAUAGCUAAGCUCAAGGGCUGCAAAGUCGUUGGAGCAGCAGGRUCUGAUGAAAAGAUUGCCUAUCUUAAAAAGGUUGGAUUUGAUGUUGCCUUUAACUACAAGACAGUAAAGUCUUUGGAAGAAACAUUGAAAAAAGCGUCUCCUGAUGGUUAUGAUUGCUAUUUUGAUAAUGUGGGUGGAGAGUUUUCAAACGUUGUCAUACCCCAGAUGAAGACUUUUGGAAGAAUUGCCAUCUGUGGGGCCAUCUCCACAUACAACCGGACUGGUCUGCCUCCCCCAGGCCCACCUCCAGAAGCUGUUAUCUAUCAACAACUCCGCAUGGAAGGGUUCAUCGUCACCCGCUGGCAAGGAGAUGUCCGCCAGAAGGCUCUGAAAGACUUGAUGACAUGGACCUCUGAGGGUAAAAUCCAGUAUCAUGAACACCUUAUUGAAGGAUUCGACAACAUGCCAUCUGCAUUUAUGGGAUUGCUGAAAGGAGAGAAUUUGGGGAAAACCRUAGUGAAAGCAUGAGAGAAAAAUGACACAGGAGCCACCACUGGACAAUUUAAAUGAUUAGUUUUUCACCAUUCAGUAAAAAUUAGCMCUAAUUAUCUAAAUUAUCUUAAUUGUCUAAAAAUUAGCCUUAAGAAUAACUAAUCACUUUGACCUACCUAAUAAAAUGCAUUUAAAUGAUUUAYAAUUAGUGAUAGAGAAUGAAAUUUUCAUAGUUAAGAACAGCCAAUCACCAACCUACUACCUACUACUGCUUCUCCUGCGU